AUGGACGCGGCUCUAAAUUCGCCCCACGAAAGCUCCACAGUGGGGCUUUCCUGCAUCGGGAUGGACCCGCACGCGAGCACGGGCAAGCGCAUCCGCAAACCCUCGCUUCUUUAUGAGGACUUCGAGAGCCCCUCCCUGCCCCACGCCGCCCCGCCAGGUCUGCCCGCCCCUCCGCAGCCUGCCGUCAGGGACCCGUCCCGGUCGGGCCGCGCAACCAACCAGCUGCAGUUCCUCCAGAAGACCCUGCUCAAGUGCCUUUGGAAGCAUCACUUUGCGUGGCCCUUUCACGAUCCGGUGGAUGCGCACAGGCUCAAUUUGCCCGACUACCACAAGAUCAUCAAGCAGCCCAUGGACAUGGGCACCAUCAAGAAACGCCUAGAGAAUAACUAUUACCGCUCAGCCAGCGAGUGCAUCCAGGACUUCAACACCAUGUUCACCAACUGCUACAUCUACAACAAGCCGACCGACGACAUCGUGCUGAUGGCCCAGUCCUUGGAAAAGAUCUUCCUCCAGAAAGUGGCGCAGAUGCCCCAGGAGGAGGUUGAAAUUCCCGCGCCAACCCCCCGCCAGAAGAGCAGCCAGGGACGCGGCCGCAAAACCAGCCCCCCGCGGGCGCAGCAGGUGCCGGCCGUGUCGCAGUCAGCCUACUCUCCGUCCUCCUCGGACACUGGCGAGUCCAUGCUGGCCAGCUCGCCGCAGACGGUGCUGACCAAGAGCCUGCCGCCAGCCACCAUCAUGGGCCUGCCUCCCACGCAGCCAACUACCAAGAAAAAGGGCGUUAAGCGCAAGGCGGACACCACCACUCCGUCCACCCUGGGCUUGACGGCGGGCAUGUCAGCAGAGGGACACAUGGUGGGCUUGGGAAAGGGAGGCCAUGGCGGGCAGAUCCCGGAGACGCCACCCGGCACGGGCCUGGUCCGCGGCCCCGGUGGGCCCGUCUUACUGCAGCCUAUGAUGGGAAGGCGCGUGGGUAGCGGGCGCCCCAUCAAGCCGCCCAAGAAGGACCUGCCCGAUUACGUACAGCCGCACCCGUCGCGCAAGGGCAAGCUGAGCGCGCCCAUGCGCUACUGCGGCGGGCUGCUCAAGGACAUGCUGUCCAAAAAGCACGCCGCCUACGCCUGGCCCUUCUACAAACCCGUUGACGCGGCCGAGCUCGGCUUGCACGACUACCACGACAUCAUCAAGUGUCCCAUGGACCUCAGCACCAUCAAGAGGAAGAUGGACGGGCGUGAAUACCGUGACGCACAGCAGUUUGCCGCAGACGUGCGCCUCAUGUUCUCCAACUGUUACAAGUACAACCCGCCCGAACACGACGUGGUUGGCAUGGCCCGCAAGCUUCAGGACGUAUUUGAGUUCAGUUUUGCCAAGAUGCCCGACGAGCCGCAGCUGGACCACUCCGGCAUUUCUCUGAGUGGGCACCCGUCAUCCUCGUCCUCAUCGUCGUCCACCUCUUCGUCGUCUACGUCGACCACGUCUGAGAGCGAGCCCAGCACCGAGAGCGAGGAGAGCGAGAGCAGCCCGAGCUCUGAUAGCGAGGAGGAGCGAGCGCACAGGCUGGCCGAGUUGCAGGACCAGGUGUGCACGCAGCUUAGAGCUGUGCACGAGCAGCUGACGGCGCUCUCCCAGGGUCCCAUCGUCAAGCCCAAGAAAAAGCGUGAGAAGAAGGAGAAAAAGGAGAAGAAGAAGCGCAGGAAGCCAGAUAAGCGCAGCCGAGGAACCAAAAGCCGGGCCGGUUCCGAGGAGUGGACGUUACCCACUAAAAUGCUCAAGAGCAAGUCGUCAAGAGGCGGUGUAUCGCAAACCAAAAAGAGCCAGAGCAAGAAGAGCAGCAAGAGCAACUCCAAGAAGUCAUUCUAUCCGCCGCUGCCGGCUACCCUUCUGCCACACUACGACUCUGAGGAGGAGGAGGAGAUCGUGCCCAUGACGUAUGAUGAAAAGCGGCAGUUGAGCUUGGAUAUUAACAAGCUACCCGGCGAGAAGCUGGGCCGCGUGGUGCACAUCAUCCAAUCACGGGAGCCCUCGCUGCGCGACACGAACCCCGAGGAGAUCGAGAUAGACUUUGAGACACUCAAGCCGUCCACGCUGAAGGAGCUGGAGCGCUACGUUAUGACUUGUCUGAGGAAGAAGCCGCGCAAGCCCUACACCGACCUAGUGAAAAAAGGCGGCGUGCUCAAGUCCAAAGAGGAGCUGACCCUGGAAAAGCGUCUGGAACUGGAGAGGAGGCUGCAGGAUGUCAGCGGACAGCUCAACUCGGCAAAGAAGCCUGCCAAACCCAAAGUGGAGAAGUCCAACCCCGCCGAGGCCCGUACGCAACCCUCACGCCUCAGCGGCAGCAGCUCCAGCUCAGACUCGUCCUCUUCCUCGUCCUCCUCGUCAUCGUCGUCCUCGGACACCAGUGAGUCAGACUCAGGCUGA